GGCCGGUGCUGCGCUCGGUUUUUUUGGCCGGUCGUUCAAAGCCGGUGACUCGUGUGGAUGCCCUGGGUCUCGGCCAACGACCAGACGACGCCAUGGUGAAACGAGGCAAAUCAAAGACCUUCGCCGUCCAAGAGAAGCAACCAAAGGCAGGAAAGUCCCGUCGCUCGGACGAGCAGGACGCGGAUUUGCCAGAGCUCUUUAUGACAAGCCAACAGCCAGACCGUCUUGGGAAGGCUGGGCGUUCUGGUGUUGCGGGCAAGUCUCGAGAAAGGACAUUUGUGAGCGACGGAGAACACACGGCCGACAAAACAGGGCGACCGUCUAGUCACGACGAGGGUUAUAGCGAGGAAGAUGACGAGGAAGAGCGGUCGCCAGCAGAACAUGUUGGAAGCUCUGACAACAGCGACUCCGAACGCCGUCUGGAGGACAUCCCCACCAGCGACGGCGCAAGUGUCGAACCAGAAGGCAAUCAGGAUGAUGACGAUGAUGGCAACGCAGCUGCGGACGAGGACCAGGACAACUCUGGCGGGUACGAUAACGCACCUGCAAAAACGAGCCACACGUUUUCCGAGCUGGGACUCAACCCGUGGCUAGUUGACGCUCUCAAGUCGCUCUCGAUUCGGACAGCCUCUGAAAUCCAAGCGAGCUGCAUACCCAUGAUCCUCGCAGGACGCAACGUAAUUGGCAGUGCCAAAACCGGAAGCGGCAAAACCGCAGCCUUUGCGUUGCCAAUACUUCAAAAGCUUGCCGAAGAUCCUUACGGCGUAUUUGCACUGGUGUUGACUCCGACCCGGGAGCUUGCUUUUCAGAUUGCGGAGCAGUUUCGUGUCCUUGGCGCUGGAAUCAACCUCAAGCAGAGCGUAGUAGUUGGUGGCAUGGACAUGAUGGCGCAGGCUAUUGAGCUGUCGAAACGGCCUCAUGUCGUUAUAGCCACUCCAGGGCGACUGGUCGAUCACAUCCACAGCAGCAGCAACAGCAUUCACUUCAAGAGGCUCAAAUUCCUGGUUCUUGACGAAGCCGACCGAAUGCUUGAGGAUACUUUUGCCGACGAUCUCCAAGUCAUUCUCCAGCAAGUUCCUCAGAAGCGACAGACUCUACUCUUUACCGCGACCAUCACCAAGGAUAUCGAGGGCCUUCAGCUUGAUCCAAACACCCAGCCAUUUGUAUAUAAAUGUGCCGAGAAAUACGACACGGUCGAGAAGCUGGACCAGCGAUAUCUCUUUAUUCCAUCCACGGUGCGCGAUGCAUAUCUCGCACAUAUUUUGCGGAACGACUUUGACGGCAAAACCGCCAUAAUUUUUACGAGCAAGUGCCGAACUUGCGAGCGGAUUCGCGUUAUGCUUCGCGAGCUCGGACUCAAAUCGACAGCUCUACAUGCCGAGAUGAGCCAAGCAGAUCGCAUCGGCUCGCUCGCUAAAUUCAAGAGCAACAUUGUUCCGAUUCUUAUCGCCACGGAUGUUGGCAGCCGUGGCCUGGACAUUCCUACUGUUCAAGUUGUCAUCAACUAUGAGCUGCCUGCCGAUGCCACAGACUACAUCCAUCGAGUGGGUCGCACCGCUCGUGCCGGCCGUGGGGGUCUCGCGGUGUCAAUGGUGACGGAGCGCGACAUUAACGUCUUGCUGAACAUUGAGGGCAAAACAAAGAAGAAGCUGACCGAAUACAAGGUCGAGGAGCAGGAUGUGCUUGAAGCUCUGAAUGAGGUCUCUCUGGCACGGAGAGUUGCAAAUAUGCAUCUGGCCGAUACCAACUUUGGAGCUCGGAGACGGAUCAACAAGGAGAAGCAGCAAAAGCUGGAACAGGGAUCCCGAGGCGAGCCCCGCAGCAAGGACGACAGACGUCCUGCAAAGAAGGUUAGAACAAAGUAAUGUGUGUGCAGCUGCAAGAGCCACAGUUGCUGGGCAGGCGACGCUGUCCAUAUAACGGGCCGUCGUUGGACAUUGUGAGAGUUGGCGGCCAACAAAGUCUUCCAAGGCAACUUUACAACCAAUCCAAUAAAACGGGACACCUUGGUGUUCGACCAUCGACUUGA